AUUUGCAUUGAAAUCGUCCACCCCUUGCAAACUCUGUUUAGAGGGAGGAAAAAAGAAAAAAGAAAAAAAAAGAGAGAUAUACUCAGUGAGUUUUAGAAAGAGAAAAAACACACAAUGAUAAAACUUUUAGUAGUAAUGCUCUCAAUUCUAUGUAUCUUCUCUUUAGCUUACAGCUGCCCGCCUUCCGACAGGGCAGCAUUGCUAGCCAUCAAAGCUGCCCUAAAUGAGCCCUACUUGGGCAUUUUCAAGUCGUGGACGGGCACUGAUUGUUGCAUGAACUGGUACGGAGUGAGUUGUGACCCGGAGGUUCACCGAGUCACCGAGAUCAACCUCCGCGGUGUAUCAGAAGACUCCAUCUUCAAAAUGGCUCAUCGGACCGGUUACAUGAGCGGAACAAUCUCGCGAGCAAUAUGCCGGCUUAAUAGGCUUUCGAGCCUAGCCAUAGCUGAUUGGAAGGGCAUUUCCGGCACAAUCCCAUCAUGCAUUACGUCUUUACCUUGCCUAAGCAUCCUUGACUUGGUCGGAAACAAGCUCACUGGUGGACUUCCGACUGAUAUUGGUCAACUGAGUGGACUCACCAUGCUAAUUGUGGCAGAUAAUCAACUCACUGGGAGGUUGCCGAGGUCAUUAACGAACUUAUCUUCAUUAACGCAUUUAGAUCUACGUAAUAACUUUAUUAGAGGUACAAUUCCCAGACAUUUUGGGAAAUUGAGAAUGCUAAGCCGGGCUUUGCUAAGCCGAAAUCGACUUCAUGGGAAAAUCCCAAAGUCAAUUUCUCACAUUCAUCGGCUUUCGGAUUUAGAUCUUUCGCUGAACCGACUUUCGGGCAGAAUACCACCUUCACUAGGCAAAAUGGCCGUUUUGGCCACGUUAAAUCUUGGUGGCAACAAUAUUUCUGGUACCAUCCCCCUAACUUUGAUUACUUCGCGAAUCUGGACUUUAAAUUUGAGCAAAAAUGCACUUGAAGGUAAUAUUCCUGACACAUUUGAUCGAAGGUCAUAUUUUGCAGUUCUUGAUUUAUCGUAUAAUCAGCUCAAAGGAACCAUUCCCAAGUCUCUAGUGUCCGCUAGCUUCAUUGGCUACCUUGACCUCAGCCAUAACCACCUUUGCGGUCUGAUUCCAGAGGGCUCCCCGUUCGAUCAUCUUGAAGCAUCGUCGUUUGUGUACAACGACUGUCUUUGUGGGAAGCCACUUAGAGAUUGCUAAGCAAAAGUAGUUUAUAAAGUUAAUUACUAUCCGAUACAUAUUAUGGAGCUGUUUUUUUUUUAAAAUUUUCGUUUUGACGUUAAUUCUUGUAUGUUGAAAAUGUCUGUACUAAUGACUUACUAUAUAUGCUAUAAUACAUUAGUUAACUAAA